AUAACGUCCUGCAUAUUUAACGGGUGUGAUUGUAUUUAUAAACAACUUUUGUGGAGUGUUUAAAAUCUGUCUAAAUCAGUCAAACUCUGCUACUUGCGACCUUAAUAGUUACAAUUUAUAUUAAUCUGGAAGUAGACUAUCUAUCGUUAUCAAGGGGCGUGUCUGAUCUGGUUAUCGUGUCAUACAUCAAUGUAUUGUUAGAUAAUUUAAGUAGAACACGUAGUAAGCAUAUAGUAAAUAUCAAUUCAUUUAUUUCGAUUUUUUCUGAAAAUGCGGAUUAACAUGUGAUUAUCACCUGCAUAAAAGUAGUCCUAAAUACGAAUACAUAUCAAAGAUAGCAAGUGUUCGGAUAAAACUGAUGUUCUGAAUGAACUAUAGAAGAACAUGGAUUUCAACAGGUGCGAAUAAGUUCAGAUAAUAAUAGGAUAACACAGAAGUUUGACUUAUGGGUGAAAGCGGAGGUCAGCCCGUCAUGGACGAACAGUGGGUUCGAAUCCAGGAGACAACGUUCAAAAACUGGUGCAAUGAGCAACUGAAGGUCAGCGGUCGGUCCAUAGAGAACCUGGCCACAGAUAUGUGUGACGGAGUUUGUCUGGCAGCCUUGGUGGAGUCCUUACAGUUCCGAAAGAUUGGACGGGUUUAUACCAAACCUACCUCAAAGAUUCAGAAACUACAGAAUGUAUCACUUGCCCUGAAGGCUAUCACAGACGACAAUGUUAAGCUGGUCAAUGUGGGCGGUGACGACAUUGUUAAUGGAAACAUAAAAAUUAUAUUUGGACUAAUAUGGAGCUUGGUGCAAAGGUACCAGAUUUCCGGAAGGAAAAGUAAAGCGCCACCUAAGAAAUUAAUGACGAUCUGGUUCCGGUCAUUACUUCCGGAAUUAGAUGUGACAAAUUUUACAACAGACUGGAAUGAUGGUGUUGCAUUACACGCAUUGAUAGAUCAUCUUAAACCAGGAGCAUCACCAGACUGGAGAAAACUUAACAGAAAUGACAGAGUAGAAAACUGUCGGCGAGCAAUGGUUAUAGCAAAAGAACAACUGAACGUGCCUCGGGUGAUCAGUCCAGAAGAUUUCGCCAACUCAGCACUGGACGAACUCUCCAGUAUGACCUACUUAUCUUACUUCGUGAAGCACGAGUCCCCGGGCUACUAUCACACCCUAAACUGGGCUUGCAAACAGCUGAGAACAACAAAUAUCACAAAUCUUACGACGGACUGGAAUGACGGUUAUUUUUUAUGUGCAAUAGUUCACUCCCUUGGUGGAAGUAUUCCAGGAUGGCCGAACCUUGAUAGGAAAAAUAAAGAAGAAAACUGCAAGAAAGGGAUUGAAGGUGCUAAAGAACUUGGGGUCGAGCCUCUACUAUCUGCCAAAGAGUUUAUGGACCCACACCUUGACCACCUGAGCGUAAUGAGCUACCUGUCAAGGUUCGAGUCUGUGCAGCCGAGGAAGAGUAAUGCUGAAAAACUGCAAAUAAGAUUUAACUUUGACAACAUAAAAACAGGCUCUACUGCUGAAUUUCAACUAGUCAAAGCAGACGCCGGUUUUGACACGAGCAAAGUAACCGUGCAACUCACAUGUGAGACUGGUGAAGUCACGUGCAAUGUCGCGUGGUCAAAUAAAACAGCCACGUGCUCAUUUAUACCAACUUCCACGGGUGAACAUAAGCUUACAGUCGCGUACGACGGUACUGUAAUCAAAGGCUGUCCGAUAGAUUUCAUCACGAAGGGAGACCAUACCAAAGUUAAACUGCUGACACAGUCAUGUAAAAUGAAAAUGGGCGAAGUGUGUGACGUCAAGGUGGACACAUCCGGCAGUGGCCGCGGCGAGGUGUUCAUGGAAUCAACAUCACCUACCGGCGAACUACGCUAUUUAACAAGUCUCCGAGAGGGAAAUAUCGUAUCUGCCUCCAUUCAACCUAAAGAAGUUGGUAUAUGGGUGAUUCACGUGUAUUUCGGCGAGGAUGAAGUCCAAGGUAGCCCAAUUUCCCUGCGUGUAAAUGACCCACAGAAAGCAUGGUUGUCGGGGCCUGACGAAGGCAAUGUCGGUGAAAUGGUUGCGUACAAAGUUAAUUGCAAAAGCGCGGGAGAAGGUGAGGUCAAGGUCAGUGUCUCAUGUAACCAUAGUGACGUACCAUACGACAUUGGCCGUGAUACUGAAGAUGGUGAUAACUAUACUGUGAUGUUUUGCCCCGAAGAAUCUGGAGUUUAUGAGAUUCGUGCCAAGUUUAAUGACCUUGAAAUCCGUGGGUCUCCAGGGCGUGUCACUAUACAGGACCCUAGCCAGAUAUCAGUGACGGGUGAAGGUGUGGCACGUGGUACUAAAGGUGAAGAGACGUCGUUCACCGUGAACGCCAGUGGUGUCGGAGGCAACAUCAAAGUGGAAAUAUCAGCCAAAGGGACACCAAUAGACUGUAAAUGGAACCAGGUGAACCCCGAUGUGUACGAGUUCAAAUACCGACCUCCUAACGCCGGGGUGUAUGAUAUAAAAGUCUUAUGGAACGGCAGAGACGUACCCGGAAGCCCGUUUCACCCACAGAUCACUGACCGCUCCAAGGUGUACCUGAUGGAUGACCUGACGGACCAGAAGGACGAGAAUGACCACCUUGCACUCAAGUGUGACUCCGAGACUAUCCUCAACUUUAACACAGGAGAAGCCGGACCUGGAUCAUUUACUGCUGAGGUCCUAUCACCCGAUGGCCGUCUACCGGUUAACAUAAGGAAACCAGACCCGGGAAAAGUGCAAGUUGGUUUUACAGCUAAAGUUGAAGGUGACCAUUACAUACAUCUUUACUGGUCCUCCGUACCUUUGGAAAAGUCACCAAUUCUGGCCUACUGUCCGGGUCCCGUGCUUCCCGUGAAUCAUGCGCACGUGCUUGUUACUGGUGAUGGCUGUCGCACUGCACGUGCAACUGUCCCAACAGAAUUUAUGGUAGAUGGGAAGAAAGCUGGUCCAGGAAUACCACGUGUACGUAUGACAGGUGUAAAGACAAACGUUGACGUUGAAAUGAGAGCCAUGAAAUACGACCGUUACAAAUGCAAAUAUGCAGCCCCUUAUCCAGGUGGAUACUUACUGCACGUAGAAUGGUCUGGUUUCCAGGUGCCUGGAUCGCCUUUCAAGGUCAAUAUCACGACAAAAGGUCAUAGUGACAAGGUCAAGGUCGAUGGACCUGGACUCAGGGGUGGCUAUGUAGGACAGGAGUUACGGGCCGUAGUAGACACAACAGAAGCAGGAAAUGGAGAAGUACUUGCCGAUUGUCGCGGUUUACGGCACAAUGCACGCUGUGACCUAAUUGAUCACCGUAACGGAAAGUACACGUUACGGAUGUUUCCUACUGAAGCUUGUAGACACAAACUGGAAAUUAGAUACGACGGGGAAGAUGUACCAGGAAGCCCUUUCACUGUGCCUAUUGGGGAGCCACCUGAUCCUAGGAAGGUGAAGGUAUUCGGUCCCGGUAUCGAACCUGGCGUCAUACAGAGGUUUGAGAGUAAAUUUAUCGUAGAAACGUUUGGAGCUGGCGCUGGACAACUGUCUGUAAGGAUUCGAGGACCAAGAAGUGCAUUCCAUGUGGAUAUGAAGAGAGACCGGGAGGAGGAAAGAACUAUUGUUUGCCGGUACGACCCGGAGGAACCCGGUGAAUAUAUCAUCAUGGUGAAAUGGUCAGGUGUGCACGUGCCAGGCAGCCCAUUCAGUGUACCUGUGUUCGAGUCUCUUGAGGCGCUAUAUAAGCAUGUUAAACAGACUAAACAAGUUGAACUUAUAGCAGAUUAUCAGUGGAAAGAAGAAAUUUAGUCCCAUUAAUUUUCAUGAAAUGGAAUCUGUUAAUUUUUGCAUAUUCUACAGAUGUGUAAAAUAGACUGUCAGGCAUUUUACCGUUAUUCUGCAAACUAGCCGACAAUCAGAAUUGAAGGCCAAAGUUUAAUAUGAGCCGUGCCAUGAGAAAACCAACAUAGUGGGUUUGCGACCAGCAUGGAUCCAGACCAGCCUGCGCAUCCGCGCAGUCUGGUCAGGAUCCAUGCUGUUCGCUAACAGUUUCUCCACUUCCAAUAGGCUUUAAAAGCGAACAGCAUGGAGCCUGACCAGACUGCGCGGAUGAGAAAACCAACAUAGUGGGUUUGCGACCAGCAUGGAUCCAGACCAGCCUGCGCAUCCGCGCAGUCUGGUCAGGAUCCAUGCUGUUCGCUAACAGUUUCUCCAAUUCCAAUAGGCUUUAAAAGCGAACAGCAUGGAGCCUGACAAGACUGCGCGGAUGCGCAGGCUGGUCUGGAUCCAUGCUGGUCGCAAACCCACUAUGCUGGUUUUCCCAUGGCACGGCUCAUAUAUAUUUUAUUAAAACACAUUGAAAGUAUAAUACAUAAGUUGUGAAAAUAUAAAAAAGAGCAUGCCUUUAAGUGGACUAUUUUAGAUAUACACGUUUUUUCUGGAAUUACUUCGAAAUUACGACAUUCUAGUAUGAAAGUAUGUAUUACUGAAACCCGUAUGUUACUGCAAACAUUUUCAGAAAAUGAUGACCGCAAGCCAAUUACAUUGUUUAUAUGAAGAUACUAUUAUGAUAAAAUAAACUUUGUUAGGUAUAAUACUUGUACACAUUUACCAACGUGAAUGAAAUUAACAGCAUAAGGUAGAUUUAAUCGAGCGGUCAAGUUGACGUUUUUUUUUCAAUGUAUCUUAGCUUGAAUUUAUUGCCUUUUGUUCAAAUUAAGCUUUGUGAAACUGUUGUGUUCAUAGACUAUACUGACAAUCAAUCAGUGUAGCAGAAUCUAUACUGUGCUAGAUGUGUAAUCAUUGACUUACAGUACUGAUUGAUUAAUUGGUUAACCAAUCAAUCAAAAGAAUGAUUGAAUUAAGUUUAUGACAAUGGAAACAACAUCUAUUUCAAAUAACGACAGGCAUGUAAUGUCUGUAUGCAUAUUUAUCAGCAUUGUGUGCCGGAUUAAUUUAAAGUUCCAUUUAAAGUAGGAACCUCCUCGCAAGUGACGCAGACAGAGGGGGAAUGACGUUAGAAUUCCUCGUAGAUAUUUUUAAGAAGAAACCAUACUUCGGUGUUGGAGCUAAUAUCAAAAGAGAUCUACAUGCAUGAUGGACAAUUGGAAACCUUAGUUUUUCGUUUAUAGGACUUGAUUAUGUUAUAGAUGAAUGUGCAGCUAUUCUGUUCGAUCGAUAAUAUUUUCAUAAGAAAUAUAAAUGUUUA